GCUACGAUGGUGGAUGCAACAGUUGUACUACUGAACAUGAUCAUUCUUGUAGCAGUCGCUCUAUCAUACUUCUUUGCAACACCAGAAGCGAGAACUGUACCACCCGAUUUAGUGGAACAUUGGAGGGAGAUGGUGUUACCCUAUCAUAAACUUUGUUUAAACGAAACGCACGACAAUCCCGAACCUAUCAUCCAUAUGCUGGCCGAGUUCACACUUCCUGAAGAAAAAGUAAUACAUUGCUAUUGGAAGUGCUUUCAUGAGCACAUUAAAUUUGUGGUCAACGGGAAAAUGGAUGUCGAUCUAAUGGUGAAGACGGUAUACAAGUUAACACCAGAGUUGGCAGAAAGGUGUGUGGAACAAGCAGAACGGGAGGAAGAACCUUGUCAACGAUCGUACAUACUUGUACAGUGUGUAGUUAUGAAUGAGGUGGACUGAAGAGAAUGAUUCGGUCAUAUUUCUGACGUAAUUAUUAGUUACAAGAUGAACUUACAAAAAAAUAUUGUGAAUUUUCUACAUAA